UCGACUAAUACUCCGCGUGAACAGACGUCAUCGGUGAAAAAUUCGCUUGCUCAAUCGUUUCUCACGUUCUUGCUUAACUAAAUUUUCGCUCGCUAUAAGUGUGCUAUUAUCAAAUAAACAAAAACAGAAAUAUUAAAAAAUCAUGGCCCCGGGGCCGCCCGACCGAAGAGAAAACAUGUUUUCUCUGUUAAGUGAAAGCCCAAAAAACAAGAAAAAAAGACAUUAUCAAAAAACUCCCAUUGAAUUCCCAGAUCUUCCUAUCGUGCAAACACAAAACCCAAAAUACAUAACACUUGCCGCCAAAAAUACAGUAAAACCCAUAACAGAGUACUCAUGCUUUGUCGUCCAUAGAGCAAUUCAACUCAUUAGUAAGGAAAUAAUCUCCAUAGCUACACUACGCGAUGGAAGUCUCCUCAUGCUUGUCAAAAGCAAAGAGGUGGCUGAUAAAUUCUUGAAAACCAAACAGUUACCUGGAAUCUGCGAUAUCACGUGUAAACUACAUGAAUCCCUAAAUAACAUCAAAGGCACAGUUUACGCGCCUUUCCUCAAUAACAUACCAGAGGAAGAGAUUGUCAGCGAACUUAAAGCACAACACGUUACCUCAGUUUACAAAUUCAACAGAAUCAUAGAUGGUACACCAAAACCCACCGGUGUUGUUCUUAUAACAUUUGACCUAUACACACUCCCCAGCAAACUUUCUAUUUCUUGGAACACUGUGAAGGUACGAGAAUACAUCCCAAAUCCAAUGCGUUGUAAAAAUUGCCAAUUGUUAGGGCAUACGGUGAAACACUGUAAGAAUCAAACUAUAUGCAUUAAUUGUAAUUUUCCACCUCAUUCUCCAAAUAACUGUUCGCGAUCACAAUGUGCAAACUGUGGGGAGGAGCACUCGGCUUCAUCACCCACGUGUAAAAAAUAUCAAGAGCAAAAAGAAGUAUUAAAAAUAAAAACAAGAAACAAAUGCACCAUGCGCGAAGCUAAAAUUUUGUAUAAGCAACAAAAUCCCAUUACUAAUUCCUUCAGUUACUCUUCAGUAACCGCCUCCUCUUUUACCUCCGUCAACGAAACCCAAAUGCAAACCAGCAAAGACAUCACAAACAAAAACAAGAAUAUUGCACCUUCGGCCAAACAUCUCGAAGUCGAUAUUACUUACUCAGAAUUUGAAGCCGCACUAAGUCAGACAAAAGGUAAAACACCAGGUUUCGACCGUAUCUCCUACCCAAUGAUAAAAAAUAUGACAACUGAUACAAAACACAAGCUCAUUGAAAUUUUUAAUGAUAUACUGCAACACGGCCCCGGCGAAGUCGAUCAUCCUCAACCCAUUUGUGGAUAUUUCAUCGCGGAGGCUGAAUUAACUGAUUGUUGUGCCAAAGAUAGCUUCUUUGCACACCCUGGCGUUAAAGGCGCGCUGAAAGCGCUAAUAUAA